AAGCUAUAACCCAUCAACAUCAUAUAUUGCCGUUGAUGUUUGCUCUUGUAGGUUUAGCUGUUUCUCAAUCAGCCUGCAGGCCCUCUGUGCAGUUUAUUGUGUUGGAAUGGGGAUGUGUGUCAGGACGGCCAUGAUUGUGCAAGUGAGGUUGGAGAUCAGUGUCAGUUUCCAGCAAGGGCUCUAUAUUUAGCUGACAAGUGCACGGGGUGACCCAGUCUGACUGCAACUCAUAGUGUACACACUCCUCUGGACCCCAACACUCUUUCACCUGCUGGUUGUUUCUUUUUUAACGGUGAAUGGUGUGCCUUGGUACCACUUGUGUUUAUCAUUAAAGAGGCGCAUCCUCACACCACCAUGACUGACUGAUGUGACGUAGAGUAUGACUAUGCUGCUCGGCAAGGGAGCUGUCAUCUGUGGCCAACUGAGAAUACAGCUUGGUGAUUAGUGAAGUGGCAUAGGCGACUAUGUGCCAGUCGGAGGUGCCAAAGGUCAGAAUAGGCCUUAACAGUCCUGACCCGCUGGUGAGAGAGGCUUUUCUUAUGGCCCAUGACUACAUAGACUAUAUAACCACAGGGGGGGCAGAUGGCACCAUGGGUCCUGCCACUACAGCCUGCACUGCAGCCCUGCGCCACGCGGGAGACGAACUCCUCACCCGCUUCCCCAUAUUCUUUAGGCGCUGGCCUCGCGUCUUCCAGGAUGUGACGGAGAACACGGCCUGCUCCAUGCUCACAAGCAUCCUGGAUGAGCACUUCUUUCCCCCUGCCCCUGGGGGGCGGCGCAGGGACCUGGCCUGGAGUGCGGUGCUGUCAGUGUACGUGCUGGCUGGCCAGAUGGCCCUGCAUUGCCAUGAGAGGGGUAUGGUGGUGGUCCUGCCACAGCUGAAGGAGUGUGUGGGGGCCUACGUGGAGAGGGUCAUCUGCCCUGAGAUACGAGACAAGGGAGGAUGGUGUGGUUUUGUGGCACGCUUUGGAGAGAAGCAGGGCUUGGAGGUCCAGGUGAAGAGAGUGUGCUGUUGGACACUGCUGGCAUUGGCCAUCAGCAGCCUCACCUACUUCCUCUGGAAAAGAAUGACUUAGCCAACACUGCCACCUAGUGACCACAACCAGAAGGUCCUCCAGAGUGAGCUACCACAUGAAAAUGUCGGCAGAGGGAUUCUAGUCAAUGUUUUAAUCCUGUAGAAACCUCAGUCAGUAAAUAACCCGUACACAGUAAUUCACAUCAUUCAGUGUUUAUAUAAUGUUCUGGAGAGAACAGAUGUUCAGAGUUCUGGUAUCAGGUGUUGUAUGGAGAAUUUAAGCCAUUCCCAUAGGCACAUGCUGGAAAAACUGAGCUAGCAAUGUUGGUGUAGCAGGAUGCGAACUUUGAGCAGGCAUUGUAAAUUAGUCUGCUCUGAGUUCCAUGUUGGGUGUGCAUGAAUUGACAAUUACAGAACCAACUGAUUAGACUAAAAUGCCCCGUGUGGUUUAUUGAUGCUGCAAUUAAAGGCCCUCAAGAUCUU